GGGGGACCUUAUUUCGAAAUUAUUAACUACGAAGAUGCUCGAAAGUUUGUAACUUCAAUCUCUUAUGCGCGAGGGACAGAGAGCUUCUUCGUUUCGUUCCCCUGACAAAGUUAAGGAUAGCAGCAAGAAGGUGGGACAGAAAAAAAAAAAAGAAGCUUGAAGCAUAACUCUUCACUGUACUGAGGACCCUUUGAUUUCUCUUUCGAGCUUUUUGUCUGAACUUCUGUGAUUUGCAAGUGUUGGGGAGAUUGAAGUUAAUUUUCGAAGAAUGAUUGGAUUAAAGUAAUUUUGGUGUCAUCCCAGUUAUUAAAUGGUUAACCUGUUUCAAUAUUUUCAUGAGUGAUGUCAUAUGGGUAACCGGAGAUUGCUCUUUCUGUCGGGGGUACUCGCUGUCAAUUAUUUACUAUUUCAGUCAAUAUUGGUUCCACAUGGAAAUGGAAAUGGAAAUGCUUCUUGGUCUUCAGUGCCUGAGAAGUAUGCAUCUUUAGAUGAUAAAGUUAGACUUCCAUCAUUACAUUCAACACCAAAGUAUUUCACUGUUUGGAAUUGGAAUCCACCGACGGGCAAUGUUUCAAAGUUUUCUAAUUCUUCUACCUUUAUUGCAAGAGUUAAAAAAGUGCAUAUUCCUAUUGUUCAAACUGAAAUUUGGCACAGUAAGAGAAAAAGAAUACACAAUGAUCGAAAGAGUAAUUUUCUCUCGGAGAGAAAGGGCUCUGAUGAUGUUUCUAAAUUGAGAGUAGAUAAAAAUGAUGUUCAUAGUUUGCCUAAGAAGAAAGAUGUUGGAAAAAAUGAUAAGUUGGAGUUGGAAAGUGUUGGUACAAAAAGGGGAACAUUUACAUUACCUCAAAUGAAAAAUAGUUAUAUGGGUUCAAGUGAACAUGAUAAAGUAAGUUCUCCUGCCUCAUACAGUACAACUUCUUCUACUCGUCUUAGAAAUUCUCCCCAGAAAAGUGAUAUUUUGACCUUAGAUAACAAUAUCUCAGCAAGUAUUCCUAGGAGAAAGAUGAGGUGUGAGAUGCCGCCUAAAUCAAGAAUGUUGAUUCAAGAGAUGAACCAUCUACUAGUGCGCCGCCGUGCUUCUUCUCGUGCAAUGAGACCAAGGUGGUCAUCCAAACUUGACCUGGAAAUUCUUGCUGCAAGGUCAGAAAUUGAGCAUGCUCCUAUAGUGACCCAUGACAAAGAACUUUAUGCUCCUCUCUUUCGAAACCUUUCUAUGUUCAAAAGGAGUUAUGAACUCAUGGAACGGACGCUCAAGGUCUACAUAUACAUGGAUGGAAAUAAACCCAUCUUUCAUCAACCUAUACUUAAGGGGCUAUAUGCCUCGGAAGGUUGGUUUAUGAAAUUGAUGGAGGAAAAUAAGCAUUUUGUUGUGAAGGAUCCUGCAAAGGCUCACCUAUUUUAUAUGCCAUUCAGUUCACGUAUGUUAGAGUACUCCCUUUAUGUACGUAACUCUCACAAUCGGACUAAUCUCCGUCGAUAUUUGAAGGAGUAUACUGAUAAAAUUUCUGCAAAAUACAAAUACUUCAACAGAACUGGUGGUGCUGACCAUUUUCUUGUUGCUUGUCAUGAUUGGGCUCCAUACGAAACAAGGCACCAUAUGGAAUACUGCAUAAAAGCCCUUUGCAAUGCUGAUGUAACUCAAGGCUUUAAAAUAGGAAGGGAUGUUUCUCUUCCAGAAGCUUAUGUCCGGUCAGCAAGAAAUCCUCAGAGAGAUCUGGGAGGAAAGCCUCCGCAUCAAAGACCCGUUCUUGCUUUCUAUGCUGGAAAUAUGCACGGUUAUUUGCGUCCAAUAUUGCUGAAGCACUGGAAGGGAAGAGACCCUGAUAUGAAGAUAUAUGGCCCAAUGCCUCCUGGUGUUGCAAGUAAAAUGAAUUACAUACAGCACAUGAAAAACAGCAAAUACUGUAUAUGCCCUAAAGGGUAUGAGGUCAACAGUCCACGGGUGGUUGAAGCCAUAUUUUAUGAGUGUGUGCCUGUGAUUAUAUCUGACAAUUUCGUGCCACCCUUUUUUGAGGUUUUAAAUUGGGAUGCAUUCUCACUAAUCCUUGCAGAAAAAGAUAUUCCCAAUUUGAAACAGAUACUUCUUUUAGUGCCUCAAGAGAAGUAUAUCAAGUUGCAACUUGGGGUCAGAAAGGUUCAGAAACAUUUUUUCUGGCAUACAAAACCCUCCAAGUAUGACCUCUUCCACAUGACCCUUCAUUCAGUUUGGUAUAAUAGAGUGUUUCAAAUAAAUGUAAAACGUAAGACGAUGAUGCAUGCGAGCCCUCUGAACUCUAGCAGAAGCACAUCUGACAAGAGCUUGUGAAAAGAAAAAGGUGCUUAAUUAUGAGGGACGUGGCUUCUGGAGCUGUAGAGGGAAUUUGUGAAUAUAGUAUGAGCUAGGAAUUUGUGUUCAGUCUUAGCUUGUUCUGUUGUAUAUUUUAUAACGCUGUACGUAUUUCUCCUCAAUGCAUAAAAGAAAUCCAUGAUUAACCAAUAACCCCUCCCCCGUCACACUAAAAAGAAUUUAAAAAAGAGCUUGAAUUAGU